AUGACGGCGAUCUACAUCAAGAACCGCCUGCCUUCACCCAAGAUCGACCACAAGACUCCGUUCGAGAUCGUGUACAAGUCGAAACCAAGUGUCAAGCACAUGCGCGUGUUUGGAUGUCGGGCGUUUAUCCUGACACCAAGGGAGAAGCGAUUGAAGUGGGACCCGAAGGCUUGUGAAGGGAUGUUCAUGGGCUACGAAGAAGCGUCAAAAGCUUAUCGAGUGUACGACAUUGAGGCGGGCCAAGUGGUGAUCAGUCGUGACAUCACCUUCGACGAAUCGACUUUUGACUUUUCGAUGGACCGACCAAGUGACGAUGAUGAAGAUGCGGAGUUGGACCUCGACCUCCUGGCGAUCAACGAGGACGACGUGCGUCAAACCGUCUACAAGCAGACUGGCAAGCGCAAGAGUGAAGCAAGACCCGGCAUGUCACGGUCAGCUCGCCCUCGAACUGGGUUGGAACAAGCAAGUGCGCCGGAACACGUCUCCAACCGUCACCAGUGUUGA